CAACACCUGCUCCAACAACAACAACUGUCCCCACAACAACUGAAAUAACAACACCUGCUCCAACAGCUACGCCCAUGACACCUACUCCAACAACUGCAGAAACAACGACAUCUGCCCUGACAACUGUUCCCACAACAACUGAAGCAACACCUGCUCCAACAACGACAACUGUCCCCACAACAACUGAAACAACGAAAUCUCCAACAACUCAGGGAACAACAAGUGUCCUGACAACAACAGCAUCAACAACGACACCUGUCCCGACAACAACUGAAGCAAUGACGACAACUGCCCCGACAACAACUGAAGCAACAACGACAUCACCAACAACUCAGGGAACAACAAGUGUCCUGACAAAAACAGCAUCAACAACGACACCUGUCCCGACAACAACUGAAGCAAUGACGACAACUGCCCUGACAACAACUGAAGCAACAACGACACCUGCUCCAACAACUGAAGCAACAACGACACCUGCUCCAACAACUGAAGCAACAACGACACCUACUCCACCAACUGAGACAACGACACAUUCUCCAACAACUGAGGGAACAACAACUAUCUCCACAACAACUGCAUCAACAACUGAAGCAACAACACCUGCUCCAACAACUGCUCCAACAGCUACGCCAACGACACCUACUCCAACAACUGCAGAAACAACGACAUCUGCCCCAACAACAACUGAAGAAACAACGACAUCUCCAACAACUGCGGAAACAAUGACACCAACCUCGACAACCACUGAAGCAACAAUGACAUCUCCAACAACUGAAGCAACGACACCUGCUCCAACAACUGCGGGUACAACAACAACUAUCUCCACAACAACUGCAUCAACAGCUGAAGCAACAACACCUGCUCCAACAACUGCAGAAACAACGACAUCUGCCCCAACAACAACUGAAGCAACAACAACAACUGCUCCAACAGCUGAAGCAACAACCACACCUGCCCUGACAACAACUGAAGCAACAACCACAUCUACUCCAACAACCAAAGCAACGACAUCUUCUCCAGCAACCGAACCAAUGACACCUGCCCCGACAACAACUGAAGCAAUGACAGCUGUUCCCACAACAACUGCAUCAACAACAGCAACUGUCCCCACAACAGCUGAAGCCACAACCACACCAACCCCGACAACAACUGAAGUAACAAUGACAUCUCCAACAACUGAAACAACGACACCUGCUCCAACAACUGCUUCAACAACGACACCUGCUUCAAUAACUGAGGCAAUAAUGACACCAACCCCGACAACAACUGAAGCAACAAUGACAUCUCCAACAAAUGAAGCAACGACACCUGCUCCAACAACAGCUUCAACAACAACACCUGCUGCGACAACAACUGAAGCAACGACAACUACUCCAACGCCUGAGGCAACAACCACACCUGCCGGGACAACAACUGAAGCAACAACGACAUCUCCAACAACUGUGGGAACAAUGACACCAACCCCGACAACAACUGAAGCAACAUUGACAUCUCCAACAACUGAAGCAACGACACCUGCUCCAACAACUGCUUCAACAACAACACCUGCCGAUACAACAACUCAAGCAACAAUGACAUCUUCCCCAACAAUUGAAGCAACAACAAAACCUGCUCCAACAACGACAACUGUCCCCACAACAACUGAAGCAACGACACCUACUCCAACAACUGAGGCGACAACGACACCUUCUCCAACAACAGAAGCAACGACAUCUUCUCCAACAACCGAAGCAACGACACAUGCCCCGACAACAACUGAAGCAAUGACAGCUGUUCCCACAACAACUGCAUCAACAACAGCAACUGUCCCCACAACAGCUGAAGCCACAACCACACCUGCCGGGACAACAACUGAAGCAACAACGACAUCUCCCACAACUGAGGGAACAAUGACACCAACCCCGACAACAACUGAAGCAACAAUGACAUCUCCAACAACUGAAGCAACGACACCUGCUCCAACAACUGCUUCAACAACGACACCUGCUUCAACAACUGAGGCAACAAUGACACCAACCCCGACAACAACUGAAGCACCAAUGACAUCUCCAACAAAUGAAGCAACGACACCUGCUCCAACAACAGCUUCAACAACAACACCUACCGCAACAACAAGUGAAGCAACAAUGACAUCUUCUCCAACAAUUGAAGCAACAACGACACCUACUGCAGCAACGACAACUGCCACCACAACAACUGAAGUAACGACACCUACUCCAAUGCCUGAGGCAACAACCACACCUGCCGGGACAACAACUGAAGCAACAACGACAUCUCCAACAACUGUGGGAACAAUGACACCAACCCCGACAACAACUGAAGCAACAAUGACAUCUCCAACAACUGAAGCAACGACACCUGCUCCAACAACUGCUUCAACAACAACACCUGCCGAUACAACAACUCAAGCAACAACGACAUCUUCCCCAACAAUUGAAGCAACAACAACACCUGCUCCAACAACGACAACUGUCCCCACAACAACUGAAGCAACGACACCUACUCCAACAACUGAGGCGACAACGACACCUUCUCCAACAACCGAAGCAACGACAUCUUCUCCAACAACCGAAGCAACGACACAUGCCCCGACAACAACUGAAGCAAUGACAGCUGUUCCCACAACAACUGCAUCAACAACAGCAACUGUCCCCACAACAGCUGAAGCCACAACCACACCUGCCGGGACAACAACUGAAGCAACAACGACAUCUCCCACAACCGAGGGAACAAUGACACCAACCCCGACAACAACUGAAGCAACAAUGACAUCUCCAACAACUGAAGCAACGACACCUGCUCCAACAACUGCUUCAACAACGACACCUGCUUCAACAACUGAGGCAACAAUGACACCAACCCCGACAACAACUGAAGCACCAAUGACAUCUCCAACAAAUGAAGCAACGACACCUGCUCCAACAACAGCUUCAACAACAACACCUACCGCGACAACAAGUGAAGCAACAAUGACAUCUUCUCCAACAAUUGAAGCAACAACGACACCUACUGCAGCAACGACAACUGUCACCACAACAACUGAAGUAACGACACCUACUCCAAUGCCUGAGGCAACAACCACACCUGCCGGGACAACAACUGAAGCAACAACGACAUCUCCAACAACUGUGGGAACAAUGACACCAACCCCGACAACAACUGAAGCAACAAUGACAUCUCCAACAACUGAAGCAACGACACCUGCUCCAACAACGACAACUGUCCCCACAACAACUGAAGCAACGACACCUACUCCAACAACUGAGGCGACAACUACCACUACCAUAUCUACAACUACUAGUACCACAUCUACAACUACCGCACCUACAACUGUAGCACUCAUUACAACAGCAGUGACUUUCAGAUCUCUUCAAAGCACAUUUACAAGUGACUUGAGCAAUCAAUCAUCUGCAGCAUUUAAAGAUCGAGUUUCAAUGAUAAAGACACAGCUUGAACCUGUGUUCCUAAAGGCAUUUCCUUCCUCCUUCAGUUCCUUGGAUGUGGUGUCUUUCAGCUACGCCAACUACACCUACUCCAACAACUACAGAAACAACGACACCUACUCCACCAACUGA